UUAGUUUAAAUGAAGUGCACAUUGAUAUUUGCUAUAAUUUGGACUGCUCUCUGUCGGAGUUUCUCACUCUGAGUCUCCAAAUUACAGCUGUGUGAAGUUCCUCCACCACUGAACACUUUCAUCCAACACCUCUGUCCCAACCCGACGGCAGGAUGAGUAAGAAGCCCCAGAGUGAGGAUGAGAAGUUCCUCUUUGCCGAUAAGGAUUUCUUCAACAGCCCGGUGGCACAGGCUGACUGGGCCGCCAAGAAGUUGGUGUGGGUUCCAUCAGAGAAACAUGGCUUUGAGGCAGCCAGCAUGAAGGAGGAGAAGGGCGACGAGGUGCUGGUGGAACUGGUAGACAAUGGCAAGAAGAUCACUGUCAAUAAGGAUGACAUCCAGAAGAUGAACCCACCCAAGUUCAGUAAGGUGGAGGACAUGGCCGAGCUCACCUGCCUCAACGAGGCGUCGGUUCUCCACAACCUGCGUGAGAGAUACUUCUCUGGCCUCAUCUAUACAUACUCUGGUCUCUUCUGUGUUGUGGUGAAUCCUUAUAAAAUGCUGCCGAUUUACUCAGAGAAGAUCAUCGACAUGUACAAGGGCAAGAAACGUCAUGAGGUUCCUCCACACAUCUAUUCCAUCACCGACAAUGCCUACAGGAACAUGAUGCAGGAUCGAGAGGACCAGUCUAUUCUCUGCACAGGUGAAUCUGGUGCAGGUAAAACAGAGAACACUAAGAAGGUGAUUCAGUAUUUGGCUGUUGUGGCAUCAUCACAUAAAGGCAAGAAAGACACAAGCGCUCCACAUUCAGGACAGCAGUUGGCCUAUGGGGAGCUGGAGAAGCAGCUUCUGCAGGCCAAUCCUAUUCUGGAGGCGUUCGGUAACGCCAAGACCAUCAAGAAUGACAACUCGUCACGAUUCGGUAAAUUCAUCCGGAUUAACUUUGAUGUAACAGGCUACAUUGUUGGAGCAAACAUCGAAACCUACCUGCUGGAAAAGUCACGCUGUAUCCGACAAGCUAAAACCGAAAGAGCUUUCCACAUCUUCUACUACAUGGUGGCAGGAGCCAAGGAAAAACUGCGUGAGGAGCUCCUGCUGGAGAACUUCAAUAAUUACCGCUUUCUGGUAGCGGGACACGUCCAGGUCCCGGGGACACAGGACGAUGAGAUGUACGAUGAAACAAUGGAAGCAAUGAAUAUCAUGGGCUUCAGUGAUGAGGAGAGGACAGGAAUCCUGAAGGUGGUGUCGACUGUGCUGCAGCUUGGCAACAUCGAGUUUAAAAAAGAAAGGAACCAGGAGCAAGCCACCAUGCCCGACAACACCGCUGCACAGAAGGUCUGUCACCUGUCUGGCAUCAAUGUGACAGAUUUCACUCGUGCCAUCCUGACACCACGCAUUAAAGUCGGGCGAGAGGUCGUACAGAAAGCACAGACCAAAGAGCAGGCUGAUUUUGCAGUGGAGGCUUUAGCAAAGGCGACGUAUGAGCGUCUGUUCCGGUGGAUUCUUGGACGUGUCAAUAAAGCUCUAGAUAAAACUAAACGUCAAGGAGCGUCUUUCCUUGGCAUCCUGGAUAUCGCCGGCUUUGAGAUCUUCGAGGACAACUCGUUUGAGCAGCUGUGUAUUAAUUACACUAACGAGAAGCUGCAGCAGCUCUUCAACCACACCAUGUUCAUCCUGGAACAGGAGGAGUAUCAGCGCGAGGGCAUCGAGUGGAACUUCAUCGACUUCGGUCUGGACCUGCAGCCCUGCAUCGAGCUCAUCGAAAGGCCGUCAAACCCCCCAGGUAUCUUGGCCCUGCUGGAUGAGGAGUGUUGGUUCCCUAAAGCUACAGAUGUGUCUUUCGUUGAGAAGCUCACAAACCAACAUGUUAAUCAUUUGAAAUUCGCCAAACCCAAACAGCUAAAGGACAAAACUGAGUUCUCAGUGCUGCACUACGCUGGCCGGGUGGACUAUAAUUCUGUAGCAUGGCUGACAAAGAACAUGGAUCCCCUGAACGAUAACGUUACUGCACUGCUCAACAACUCCUCCUGUGUAUUUGUGCAGGAUCUGUGGAAGGACGUGGACCGUGUGGUGGGACUGGACACGAUCGCAAAGAUGUCGGACAGCUCCAUGCCAAGUUCCUCUAAGACAAAGAAAGGAAUGUUCCGUACCGUCGGCCAGCUCUACAAAGAGUCUCUCGCCAAACUGAUGACCACGCUUCACAACACACAGCCCAACUUCGUCCGCUGCAUCAUCCCCAAUCAUGAGAAAAGGGCGGGUAAGCUUGAUGCUCACCUGGUUUUGGAACAGCUCAGGUGUAAUGGUGUGUUGGAGGGAAUCAGGAUCUGCAGACAGGGCUUCCCCAACCGCAUCGUCUUCCAGGAGUUCAGACAGAGGUAUGAGAUUUUGGCAGCCAACGCCAUUCCAAAGGGCUUCAUGGAUGGAAAACAGGCCUGCAUACUGAUGAUUAAGCACCUGGACCUGGACCCUAAUCUGUACCGUAUUGGUCAGAGUAAGAUCUUUUUCAGGACUGGAGUUCUGGCUCAGCUGGAGGAGGAGCGUGACCUCAAGAUCACCGUCAUUAUUAUUGCCUUCCAGGCCCAGGCCCGUGGCUUCCUCGCCAGAAAGGCAUUUGCUAAGCGUCAGCAGCAGCUCACGGCGAUGCGAGUGAUCCAGAGGAACUGUGCUGCUUAUCUGAAGCUCAGGAACUGGCAAUGGUGGAGACUCUUCACUAAGGUGAAGCCUCUACUCCAGGUAACACGGCAGGAGGAGGAGCUUAGUGUGAAAGAGGAGGAGCUUCAGAAAGCCAAAGAUUCGGCACAGAAGUUUGAGACAGAGCUGAAAGACAUUACACUGAAACACACACAGCUGGUGGAGGAGAGGAACGCGCUGCAGGAGCAGCUCCAGGCUGAGACUGAGCUUUAUGCUGAGGCAGAGGAGAUGCGAGUACGUUUAGCUGCUAAGAAGCAGGAGCUGGAGGAAAUCCUUCAUGAAAUGGAGGCACGGCUGGAGGAGGAGGAGGACCGGAGCGCCACCCUGCAGGUCGACAAGAAGAAGAUGCAGCAGCAGAUCCAGGAACUGGAGGAACACCUAGAGGAGGAGGAGGAUGCUCGGCAGAAGCUGCAGCUGGAAAAGGUCACCUGUGAGGGAAAGAUCAAGAAACUGGACGACGACCUGCUGGUGAUGGAGGACCAGAACAACAAACUGCUGAAGGAGAGGAAGCUGUUAGAGGAGCGUGUUGCUGAUUUUAGUACUAAUCUGGCUGAAGAAGAGGAGAAAUCUAAAAACCUGACCAAGCUCAAGAACAAGCACGAGUCCAUGAUCUCAGAAUUGGAAGUGCGUUUGAAGAAAGAAGAAAAGACACGCCAGGAGCUUGACAAGCUCAAGAGGAAGCUGGAGUCAGAGUCAAAUGACUUGCAGGAACAGAUUGCAGACCUGCAAGCGCAGAUCGCUGAGCUAAAGGCUCAACUCGCUAAGAAGGAGGAGGAGCUACAGGCUGCAUUAGCACGGCUGGAGGAUGAGACAGCACAGAAGAACAAUGCAUUGAAGAAGAUCCGCGAGCUGGAGGGCAUCAUCUCAGACCUGCAGGAGGACCUGGACUCAGAACGAGUGGCCCGAAACAAAGCAGAGAAAACCAAGAGAGACCUAGGGGAGGAGCUGGAGGCUCUGAAAUCUGAGCUGGAGGACACGCUAGACACCACGGCCACUCAGCAGGAGCUCAGGGCAAAACGUGAACAGGAAGUGACCCUGCUGAAGAAAGCCAUAGAGGAGGAGAGCCGAAACCACGAGGCUCAGGUGCAUGAGAUGAGACAGAAACACACACAGGCUGUGGAGGAGCUCACAGAACAGCUAGAACAAGCCAAGAGGGUGAAGACGAACCUGGAGAAGGCAAAGCAGGCUUUGGAGAAGGAGACAUCGGAGCUAAGUGUGGAGAUCCGCUCACUCUCUCAGGCCAAACAGGACGUGGAGCACAAGAGGAAGAAAGUGGAGGGACAAUUAGCAGAUCUGCAGUCCCGCUUCAAUGACAGCGAGAAACAGAAAGCUGAGCUUGGAGACCGAGUGUCCAAGAUCACUGUGGAGCUGGAGAGCGUCACCAACCUGCUAAAUGAGGCUGAGGGGAAGAAUAUUAAACUGAAUAAGGAUGUGGCCAGCCUGAGCUCUCAGCUCCAAGACACACAGGAGCUGCUGGCUGAAGAGACGCGUCAGAAACUGCAGUUCUCCACUAAACUGCGUCAGAUGGAGGAUGACAGGAACAACCUACAGGAGCAGCUGGAUGAGGAAACCGAGGCCAAGAGGAAUGUUGAGAGACACGUCUCCACCCUCAACAUCCAGCUGUCAGACUUUAAGAAGAAGCUGGAUGAGGUGUCAGGAAACGUGGAGCUGCUGGAGGAGGGUAAGAAACGUCUGCAGAAAGACCUGGAAGCAUCAAACACCCAGCUGGAGGAGAAGUCUGCUGCCUACGAGAAACUGGAGAAGACCAAAAACAGACUGCAGCAGGAGCUGGAGGACAUUCUGAUGGACCUGGACCACCAGAGACAGCUUGUCUCCAACCUGGAAAAGAAGCAGAAGAAGUUCGACCAGAUGCUUGCGGAGGAGAAGAGUGUGUCGUGUAAGUAUGCAGAUGAGCGGGACCGUGCAGAGGCAGAGGCGCGAGAGAAGGAGACAAAGGCGUUGUCCCUGGCGAGGGCACUGGAGGAGGCACAGGAUGCACGUGAGGAGCUCGAGAGAGCCAACAAAGCCUUACGGGGUGAGAUGGAGGACCUGAUCAGCUCCAAGGAUGACGUGGGCAAGAACGUUCAUGAGCUGGAGAAGUCAAAGCGUGGUCUGGAGCAGCAGGUGGAGGAGAUGAAGACACAACUAGAGGAGCUGGAGGACGAGCUGCAGGCUGCAGAGGACGCAAAACUACGCCUGGAAGUGAACAUGCAAGCCCUUAAAGCGCAGUUCGAGCGAGACCUACAGGGACGAGAUGAGCAGGGAGAGGAGAAGAGGAAACAGCUGAUAAAACAGGUGCGCGAGCUGGAGACGGAACUGGAGGACGAGCGAAAGCAGAGAGUCGCUAUGGCUGCAUCCAAAAAGAAGAUGGAGGGAGACAUAAAAGACCUGGAAGGACAGAUAGACACAGCCAAUAAAAACAGAGACGAGGCCAUCAAACAACUGCGCAAACUACAGGCUCAGAUGAAGGACUUUCAGCGGGAGCUGGAUGACACCCGCACUGCUCGAGAGGAAGUUCUCGCCACCGCUAAAGAGAGCGAAAAGAAGGCCAAGAACCUGGAGGCGGAGCUCAUGCAGCUUCAGGAGGACUUGGCUGCUGCAGAACGAGCGAAGAAGCAGGCUGAAGCUGAGCGUGAUGAACUCGCUGAUGAACUCGCCAGCAACACAUCUGGAAAGUCUGCUCUGAGUGAUGAGAAACGACGUUUGGAGGCCAAGAUCGCACAACUGGAGGAGGACCUGGAGGAGGAACAGAGCAACAUGGAGAUGAUGAACGACAGAAUGAGAAAGAGUGCUCAGCAGGUGGACCAACUGACAAGCGAGCUGCAGACAGAGAGAACGACUUCACAGAAGAAUGAGAGUGCACGUCAACAGCUGGAGAGACAGAACAAGGAACUGAAGGCCAAACUGCAGGAGAUGGAGAACCAGGUGAAGUCCAAGUUCAAGUCCUCCAUUACUGCUCUGGAGGCUAAAGUGGCACAGCUGGAGGAACAGUUAGAGCAGGAGAACAGGGAGAAACAGGUGACAAGUAAAGCAAUGCGUCAGAAGGAGAAGAAGCUGAAGGACCUGAUCAUGCAGGUGGAGGACGAGAGGAAGCAGGCUGAGCAAUACAAAGAACAGGCAGAAAAGGCGAACUCACGGGUGAAGCAGCUGAAGCGGCAGGUGGAGGAGGCGGAGGAAGAGUCUCAGCGCAUCACUGCCGCUCGCCGCAAACUGCAGAGAGAACUGGAGGAGGCGACGGAGACAAAUGACUCACUGAGCAGAGAGGUGACAUCACUGAAGAACAAACUGAGGCGUGGUAAUGAGACUCCAUCAUUCACUAGUGGUGGGCGGCGGACAGUUGGGAGGCGGGGCAUGAUUGAUGCUGACGCUAAUGAGGAUGAUGCUGACUCUCAGGGCGACUACAAUGGCACCAAAUCAACUGAAUAAACACACACACACACACACACACACACAUACUGCUUCACCAUGAAUGAGCACUGCUGUUUGAUUGAACAGUUUAACUUGAGUUCUUGAGCUCAUUCAGAGUUUUUUUCACCUUUAAUCGUGUAAUUCUGGCAAAAAAAAAUCAACUUUUUUAUUCUAAAGUAACAGAUUUCGGAUUUUAGAUUACUUAUUAAUUUAAGAUGACCGUAAUGUUCAGUAAGACACUCAGAAAUGGGUAAAAUUAAGCUUUAAUGGAACUAUUAUGCAAAUGAAUCCUGAGCUUUAAUUAGCAUAUGGAGUGUGUGUACGUUAAUAAUGGAACAUAUUUAUUCUGCGCUUUUAUCUGUUUCCUGUUUGUGUUUAUCUUCACUUUCCCCAAAAUGUUCACUGCGUAGUGCACUAUUGUGUAGUCAUGUCAGAGAACCAGACACACUCGUGAAUACCCAUAAUGCACUGCAGCAGCUUAGUGUUGGAUCCUCACACUGAAAUCCCAUAAUGCACUGUGUCCUGAAAUCCCGAAGCAGAAUACAAGGCAGGAAAUUAUCCAGUAAGCACAUUUAACACACUUCAGACAAAUUUACACACCUACAGAUAAAAUAUUUUAUUUUGCCAUAAAGCUGUUAUUUACACAAAUCAGGUAUUUUAGAAUUAAUUCUAUUGCACUUUAAUCGAAUGUCACUGUUCUACUGUAACUGAGACCUGAAACCUUACAGACACUCUAUUACAUGUUUAUAGAUGAUGAAUAAACCACUGGACAUUUUUAACUCUCUGAUCAGGUUGUUAUUAAACACAAUGAUUAUUAAAUUCCCUGGAAUGUAAUUCUACUUCCUGUCCACGUUCACCUGAAUGUCCUCUGUGUUUAAAUACAUCACUGUUUUGUGACCCACAUGCACAAUGAAAUAAAAAGUGUGAAAACCAAA